AUGGGCAACAACAGUGGACAAAAGAGGAAGCAAAUGAGAACGGACCCCCCACUCACUUUCAUGACGGUCGGAAGCUUUGCAGCAAUGGGACAAGCACAAAAAUUGGACUUCCCAGUGAACGAAGCCCUAGCAGUGAUGCACUUCCCAAUUGGCCUCAACCGCGGAGACACAGCCAACUUGAAAGGAAUAUUCGACACAGGAGGAUGCUGCAACAUAGGAGAAAAAGCAUACCACCUCGCCAUCGCAAAACAACACCCCCAAUUGGUCAAACAGGUGUACAACUUUCCAAAGAUUCACUAUGCCCCAAUCAAGAUUGGAGGAAUCAAAGACAGUGUCAACAUCAAGGCAAUCAUUGAAUACUACUUCCCUUUUGCCAACAUAAAAUGA